AUCGACAACAGUAGAGCAGAAACGCGUCCGGGACUCGCUGCCUAGAGGGAAACCCACGCAGAUUAACCCGAGCAGGACCUGUCGCCUGGGUUCCUCCUGUUUAUUCAACGCUUUGUCUCCGCGGCCGUCGACGCGUCAUGCCGUUCCUCGGACAGGACUGGAGGUCACCGGGUCAGAGUUGGGUCAAAACGGAGGAGGGCUGGAAAAAGACGACGGCAGACGACAAGAACAACAACGUCUCCGUGGAGAGCAGUUUCUGUGUGGCCGAGCAGCAGGAGUGCUUCAACAAGGAGAACCUGCUGUUCUCCCUCAGCUACGACAUGGCUGCCAAGAAGAGGAAGAAAGACAUGAUGAACAACAACACCAAGGUCCCCUAUUUCCACAGGGAAAAGUGGAUUUACGUUCAUAAAGGAAGCACCAAGGAGCGCCACGGAUAUUGUACGCUGGGAGAGGCCUUCAACCGCUUGGAUUUCUGCAGUGCCAUCAAGGACACCAGGAGAUUUAAUUACGUCGUCAGACUCCUGGAACUUAUCGCCAAGUCCAAGCUCCCCUCGCUGAGCGGAGUGGCUCAGAAGAACUACAUGAAUAUCCUGGAACGGGUGGUACAGAAAGUCCUGGAUGACCAGCAGAACGUCCGCCCCAUCAAGGAGCUGCUGCAGACGCUGUAUGUCUCGCUGUGCGGCCUGGUACAGGACAUGGGCAAGUCGGUUCUUGUGGGGAACAUCAACAUCUGGGUGCACCGCAUGGAGAACAUUCUACAGUGGCAGCAGCAGCUGGACAACAUCCAGAUCAACAGGCCCACGUCCACAGGGAUGAGUCUGGUGGAGCUGCCCGCCAGCCUGCAGCUCAGCAUCAUGCAGUGCCUGUCUGACGGAAGGGACCUGGUCAGCCUGGGCCAGGUUUGCCCCGAGCUGGGGGCCCUCACCGAGGACCGGCUGCUGUGGAAGAAGCUGUGCCAGUACCACUUCACAGACAGACAGAUUCGAAAGCGCCUGAUGGUGUCAGACAAAGGCCACCUAGAGUGGAAGAAGAUGUACUUCAAGCUGAGCCGCUGCUAUCCCCACAGAGAGCAGUACAGCGACACGCUGCACUUCUGCACACACUGCCACAUCCUCUUCUGGAAGGACACAAACCAUCCCUGCACAGCCAACAACCCAGAAAGCUGCACCAUGUCCCUCUUCCCUCAAGACUUUAUCAACCUUUUCAACUUCUGAAUUUGAUCCCAAGAUCCAGACGAACUAAUUGCACAUAAUGUACAUAGAAAUGUACAAUAUUGUUUUUUUUGUUUGUUUUGUUUUAAGAACACCGUCAAUUCCUGGAUGUAUAUUUAGUUGAUGUACGACUGCAGGGGCCUCGGGCGCUGGGACACUUAUGCAAUCGAGUUUCUUUUGAGAGAAUACACAGGCUUCUGGCAGGGGGCACUGCUGAAAGUGACUGAAUGUGACUGAGAGGAGAGGAAGUUGAAGAAUAAGACCGGGUGGAGGAAGAGAGAGCGAAGAGGGAAAACUCCACCGUCAGAUUAAUCUGAGUUGAAUGUGUGUUUUUUCACUCACACCUCCAAAGUAAACGCCUCGUUUGACCUGAGCCGUGUGCAGUGGUGUUUCCUAAUUUGGAGAAAUAGUUUGGUCAAGCUUUGUAAUGGCUGUUUUCAACACACGGAGUACGAUUAUUUAGACGUGUUUUGUUCUGUUCUGAUUUGUUUCGUCUGAUGCUACAAGGCUGACUGUCCCUUUGAUGUUCUGAUGAAACUUGCAAUAAUAAUGUGUUUGGCACUUUGAUGAGGAGAAGUAAAUGUUGAGAAGUAUCAGUAUCUGAGAUUCUUUGAUAUGUUAAAACACCAGCAUAUUUUUUAUUAUGUUUUGUUUUUGUGUACUUUUAUAUGGAUGUUUUUUAUAUGAACGUGUUUGUUUGUUUGUUGCUGUGGCUGCUCUACCAAACGUACCUGAGUGCAGUAUUUCCAAAGAUUGUAAUCACAGUCAGUGCAACAACGGGUUGUGCAUUAUCAUACAUGCUGGUACAGCCUCAUCUACAUCCGCUAUGUUUUCAGAUCUGGAUGCUGUUUUCAUCAACAUCAACACAUUUUCAUUUGCUAAAUAAUAAUAUUAAUAAUGAUCUGAUGCGUUUGUCUGAAAAUGUGGGUGUAUCUGUAGCAUGUUUUCACCUGCUGAUUGUGUUGCAUUAAUUUAUUGAGAUUGUGGCAAGUGGCUCAACUUGCACUGGUUUAGAAAGAAGAAAAAUAUUGGUUUUGGUGCAAUUUGGCUUGGACUUCCUCUCCAUCACUGCUCCAAAGGUCAGGACUGAUGCUAUGCAAUGCAUUUUGUUGAAUAAAUAAUAUCAAAUCUCA